AUGGCAAUACUUACAACAAGACAAUAUUUUUGUGCCAAACGAAGUCGCCAUGGAUCUGUAAAGGACGGGUGGAAUAUCUGUAUGGAUGGAUGUUAUAAACCAGACAACAAGACAGUUAUAUAUGUACUGAGCAUAGUGAAUGAUUACGAGAAUUUGCAAAGUAUAGAUCUGCAUUAUAAGAUUAAUGUUAUCAGACACAAACCAAGAAUGAAUGGAACAGAUAUAUAUGUAUAUCAAAAGAAUAAAAGUAACCUUGGAGGUCAGUCUAUUAAACUUGGAACAUGGAGCGAUGCAGUGAAACACGGAUUGAAUAACCAGAACAUACUCGUUAUUGAUGUUGAAUCACUCACUGAAAGUGUUGUUGAUCACGUUAUGAUGAGUGGAGUACUAAAUGUAAUACACCAGUUCUCUAUCCGGAUCAGUUACGGAGAUCCAGUAUCCGGAAUUGACUAUUUGACAGCACUCCAACAAUUGAGAAUGAUAUUUGAAGCAGGUUUUAGAAUAUACUGGUCGAGACCGGAAUGGUCGUGUAUUAUUGCGAAUAACAAGGAAAGAACAAGUUGUGUUUAUCUAUAUAUGGUAUGUUGA